AUGCCUGGCAGCUUAGAAGAACGACACAUUAGACUUGAAGUCAUCAGUGGACACAAUCUUAAAGUCCCCUCCUGGCGCAUGCCCGCUGGCAUUUACGUAUCCAUCAAUGUCGACUCCCGGAGAUACUGGAAAUCAACUAUCGGUAUCUUAUCACCUGAUGAAUCUGUAGCGUGGGGAGAUAGUAUAACUCUAUUGUCACAUGCCUCACCUGCGUUAUCAGUGGAGAUGAGGGCAUCCUAUGAGCUUGGUCAAAUGCUAGGCAGUGGAGAAGUCGUAGGGAAGCUUCGAACAUCAUGGGAUGAACUACUCAAUCAUGGUGAUGAGCCAUUCGAUCUAAUAUUUCCACCUGUGUAUGGAGUCCACCCUUCCCUCACAUUGAAGGCCGCUGUUGUAUAUGCUCGCGAUGAUCACGACGGCUCACUCUUUGAUUCCCUCGUAGACUCUGAGAUUACUCGAGAUACAAAUGCGGGCUACGUACGAUUUGCCGAAUACAUGACGAGCAAGACGGUCUCUCACCUGAACGAUGCUAUGCGGCAUUUUCAGCUGGUCCUUGAUCAGUGUCCAAUCGACCAUCCUGAUCAUGCAGGGGCUCUCACCAACCUUGCGUUUGUCCGCUUGGAAGGUUAUAUUCAAGACCAUCUUCAAGACAUUGACAUCACUACUUCCCUCUUCCGCAAAGCCCUUGCAUUGCGUCCGCAGGGUCACCCCUUAUCCCUCUGUGAUCUCAUUAGAGUGUUAAUCUGCCGCCACAGCAAGGAAUCUGCCGCCAUCUACAUUCACGAAUCUGCGCAGCUGUGCAGCAACCUCCUGCCCCUCUGUCCAGAGGGCUCCUACCUUCGUAGUAUGCAUGUAGACAGUGUGGUCGGCUAUGUGAUCUGCAAUCUUCCAAUUGACGCGUCUGAUGAAGGCAUCCACCUUCGACGAAAUCUACUCGAGCUCUGUCCUUUGAGAUAUCAACUCCGUCCCAGAGCCCUUCACUCGCUUGCACUGGCGUUAGAAACCUGCUUCCAACAGUGUGGCAGGAUCGAUGAUAUCGAUGAAACUAUACAACUUCGCCGUGAAGUUGCGUCUCUGUGCCCAGAGGGACAUUCUGACCGUGGUGACUACUUACUCAACUUGGGCUUUUCGCCCGAGUUCGAUCGCCAAGGCAAACCUAAUGACCUUGAUGAGGUCAGCUCUUUGUACGAAGAAGCGCUGCGCCUGUGCACUGUUGUGCACCAAUACCGAGAUUUCUCAUUGGACAACCUAGGGUAUGCCCUUGUUACCCAUUUCCACAAUCACAAGGACACUAAUGGCAUCACCCAAGCUAUCAGCCUCCUUCACGAGGCCCUGACAUUGCACCCACCUGGGCAUCCACAUUGUGACACCACGCUUAACAACCUUGCCCUCGCUCGACACAAGAUAUGA